CCCUUGUUGAAAUUUUCUCGACAACCAUUCGAAGCAUAUCUUUUGAUAUUUUUGCUUUCUUUUAGUUGCAGAGCAAUGGCUGGAAAUGAAAAUGGAAAUGGAAAUGGAAAUGGAAAUGGAAAUGGACGAGCAAUCGGGAUCGAUUUGGGGACGACGUAUUCGUGUGUGGCGGCGUGGCAGCACGACCGCAUUGAGAUUAUUCCGAACGAUCAGGGAAAUCGCACCACGCCGUCUUAUGUAGCUUUCACCGCCGCUGAGCGUCUCAUCGGCGACGCCGCCAAGAAUCAAGUCACCAAUAAUCCCAUUAACACUGUAUUCGAUGCAAAGAGGUUGAUUGGUCGCAAAUUCAGCGAUUUAACGGUUCAGAGAGACAUUAUAUUUUGGCCGUUCAAUGUCGUUCCUAGCGCUGCUGGCAAGCCUAUGUUCUCCGUAACCUACAGAGGGGAGGAGAAGCAGUUUUCAGCUGAGGAGAUCUCUUCCAUGGUGCUCAACAAGAUGAAGGAGAUUGCUGAGGCGUAUCUUGGCUCGACUGUGAAGAAUGCUGUGGUGACCGUUCCUGCUUAUUUCAACGACUCUCAGCGUCAGGCUACCAAGGAUGCCGGAGCGAUUGCUGGCCUUAACGUUUUGAGGGUCAUCAACGAGCCUACUGCUGCAGCCAUCGCAUACGGUCUUGAUAAAGGGGCUACUAGCUCUGUGGCUAAGAAUGUGCUCAUUUUCGACCUUGGUGGUGGCACGUUUGAUGUGACUGUAGCCACGAUCAAAGAGGAUGUCAUUGAAGUGAAGGCUACUGCCGGCGAUACUCAUCUUGGAGGCCAAGACAUAGACAAUAGGAUGGUGAAUCACUUUGUGAAAGAAUUUAAUAUCAAGAAGGGUAAGGAUAUUAGUGGGAGUCCAAAAGCUAUUAGAAGAUUGAGGAGUGCUUGUGAAAGGGCAAAGAGGAUCCUUUCCUCCAGUUUGGAAACACCAAUUGACAUUGAAUCGUUGUUUGAGGGGAUUGACUUGUUUUCAACUAUUACUCGUGCUAAGUUUGAUGAACUCAAUUUGGAUUUAUUCAGCAAGUGUAUGGAGCUGGUCGAGAAAUGCGUGGGUGAUGCAAAGAUAGAUAAGAGUAGUGUGGAUGAGGUGGUGCUGGUGGGUGGGUCGAGUAGGAUUCACAAGGUGCAGCAGAUGUUGCAGGAGUUUUUCGAUGGAAAAGAGGCAUGCAAGACCAUUAAUCCAGAUGAAGCUGUGGCGUAUGGUGCUGCAGCUCUAGCUGCCAAGUUGAAUGGUGAAGGCAAUGACAAGGUGCAAAAUGUGAUUUUUUUGGAUGUUACUCCUUUGUCACUUGGUAUCAAAUGCAUGGGAGAUGAGAUGAAUGUGAUUAUUCCAAGGCAUACAACUAUCCCAACAAGCAAGGAGAAAGUUUAUCUGACAACCCGGGACAAUCAGACAAGUGUGCGGUUUCGUGUGUAUGAGGGCGAAAGAAGCAAGGCAACUGGCAAUAAUAUGCUAGGUGAAUUCAGACUCCAAGGCAUUCCAGCAGCGCCAAGACGUGCUGCUAAAAUCAAAUUGUGCUUCAACAUUGACGAGAAUGGUAUCAUGAAUGUGUCAGCGGAGCACAUAGGUACAGGGUUGAAGAAGGAGAUCACCAUUGUCAACGACAAGGGCAGGCUGUGUAAGGAUGAAGUUGAGAAGAUGGUGAUAGAUGGAGAGAAGUACAAGAGGGAGGACGAAGAGUAUAGGAAGAAGGCUGAUGCAAGGAAUGCUUUGGAGAACUACGCCUACGACAUGAGGAACACCACCAUAUGUGCAACCGGGAUUGAAGCAGCCGACAAGAUGGAGAUCGAGAAGGCCUUCGAGUCUACUAUGAAAUGGUUGGAGACAAACAAACUUGCAAAUGUUGAUGCUUUCAAAGAGAAGAUAGAGGAGCUUGAAAUGAUUUAUAAUCCCAUUGUUGCUAAGAUGCAUUCUGCUGGUCCCACUAUUAUAGAACUGGAUUAAGAGCAGAUCUGUAAAUGGCAUGAUCUUGUGCAGGGUCUCUUUUUUGGCUGAUUUCCUUUUUGUGAAUUACUACUAAAUAGUAGUUCAAGGUUUGUA